AUGCAGUCAGACGAGGAGGCACGCAGGGCUUUUCGAGAAUACAUGAGCAAUGCGGCAACACCCAACCAAAACGUAGGCAAUCAUGUCGGCCAGCCACCGCAAGGCCAGGGCCAGGAACAGGCGCAUUCAUACGGCAACUUCAUGUCACCUAUGAACGCCUAUACUGCCGGCUUACAGGCGGGAGCAUUCGGGGCGCCAAAUCCACAAGUAGCGUUCAAUCCCUACGCAGGACAAGCGGUAAUUCUUAACGUUCAAUCACAGACCCAUGGCGUUGGAGCCCCAAACCAAUUUCCUCAGGCCCAGCCUCCUCUUCCAACACCACCUUCUACAGCUCUUGCCACCAGCCAACAGAUUGCUGCAACCCAAGGUGGGCAUAUGUCGGCUCCAUCUCAACCACCUGGAUAUGUUGCUCUUCCGAGAAGCUAUGGGCCACCGCAGCAGUCGCAACCGACUGGUGCCUACAACGUCGGAUGGCAAUACAACAACCAAGGAUCUCAUCCAAUGAAUCAGCCAGCUGCACCUAAUUCUUAUAGAGGCCCAUGGCCACCACCAGAUAUCUCCCAAUACCCCGACACUGCGCGAAACGAUAUGCCCAUGUCUGUGAUUGUACCCACAUCAAUCGCCACAGCAUCUGAUCCUAUCCUGAUCUUAAGUCACGUAUGCAGUGUGUGCGGUAAUAUGCGUUCUCCAGGCUAUCACCGCCACCAUCCCAUCGUUCCUGGUCAGCCAGCAAUUCCGACCCCAUGUCGCAAAUGUAAGAGGAAAGCAAAGAAGAAGACGAAGGCCGAACAAGCCGAGAAAGACGACAGGACCAUCACAAUCCGAAUCGACGAUCGAAGGGGAAGAAGUCGAGACCGCAGCGAGAGGCGAUACACAAGAAGCUCCUCUUCGCCAAGCCCACGACGUACUGUCGUGAGGUCUUCCAGCCGAGCCCAUCUUGGAUUGCGAGUGCUUCAAGAAGCACGGAGGGAACCCCCUCAAAGCUCGCGAAGGAAGUCAAGAGUUCGGACUCUUUAUACUUCUCUGAGUCCACCACCAGAGCCUCGCGGUCGAAACAAACCCCCUGGCUCGUUUCCAGAUUCGCCCACGUUCGAGUCUAGGGUCAGAUAUGUUGAAUCGAGCAUUUCGCCGCCACCUGCGCGAAGAACUACACGGGUGGAGUAUCGAGAAGAAUCUCUGGAGCGACCGAUCACGGAUUAUCGCCCUCGCAGUCUAUCUCCUAUUCAAGUUCCCAGACGUAGCUAUCGAACCGAUGACAGUGGAGCAAGAAUAUCGUCGCACCCAACUUCUUUCAGGAACGUGGCGCCAGGACACAGGUCGUACUUGCGCGCUGCCGACAAUAGUAUCUCCACCGACUCACCAACUCGUGAACUCUCCCCGCGCAAGGGUAUCUUGAGGAACUCCACAAUGGAGUUUGAGACAGGUCGUCGACGCAGAAUGCAAGACAGUCACGAUAGUAUGUUACCCGAAGUUGGUCACAACAAAGUCCAUUUCGUUUCAGAUGGCUCACGGCGCGGACGAGGGUAUAUACCCGAUGUUGAUCAAGACUAUCGGGGACGGAGAUCAGGAUAUGCAAGUGAGCAUACUCCGAACAACGAAGACUUCCGUUACCAACGCCGUACGGAACGCGAAUAUGCGGAGUUACCACGGCCUCCGUCUCCCCCGGUUCAUGACUUUGAGCGACUCCAUAUUCAGCAUUCUUCCCUGUCAUCUUCCAGAGACUACGACAUCGAUGAACACGUUCGAUAUGUGUCCCCACCUAAUGAUCGUAUGGAAGAUCGCAUCAGAGCUCGCACGCGAUAUGUCUCUCCUCCACGAGACCGCCAUACACGGGACCGCGCGCAUUCACCCGUUUUACAGUCACGCUCCACGUAUCGCGGCAGUUCCCGUUCUCGUGGAGAUAAACGAAUACCAGAAGACUGGGAAGAUGUGACAGACUCGGAGAGCGAGGCCUCCCGAGAUAAAGUAGAAUACGUGAGGUACAGGGAGGCGGAUAGCACUGGCCGCCCGUACGAUGUGAUGGAAGAACGUAGGACUCGACAUAUUCCUGGGAAUGGGAGAGGCGCAGAGGAAGCACCACGGACAUUCCCCAGUAAGCCUGCUCUGACAAGGAGUUACGGGCCCAUGUGA